UCUUUCUGGCCAGUAAAUGUCGGCAACUGAUUAUUCAGCAUCCCUUUCGUAUUACUUUUCACUCUCGACCCUCACACUACUUAACCACCCAAAACUAAUUCAACGUUGGAAGCAUUCUCACUGCACAUCACCAUCCCAACAAUGGCUCUUCACAUCCUCUUCACAUGGCUUGCGCUUUUCCUUCCACCCCUCCUCCUCCUCCUCCGCCGCCGCCUCCUCUCAGUGAAAAGCUUCACCAACAAAAGGAAGAACCUCCCUCCAGGCCCUCCGCCACUCCCCAUCAUAGGCAACCUCCACCAGCUCGGCCACUUGCCUCACCAAUCCCUGUGGAAACUCUCCAGACAGUAUGGCCCCGUCAUGCUCAUCCACCUCGGUGGUAUCCCCACUGUCGUCGUCUCCUCCCCCGCCGCUGCCAGGGAGGUCCUCAAGACCCAUGACCUCGACUGUUGCAGCCGUCCACGGCUACUCGGCCCAGGACGCCUCACCUAUGACCAUCGUGACAUCGCCUUCACCGAGUACAGCAAUUAUUGGAGGGAGCUAAGGAAGCUGUGCGUGCUCAAGCUUCUUAGCACCAAGCAAGUUCAGUCCUUUCGGUACGUCAGGGAAGAGGAGGUGGGUUCUAUGAUCGAGUCAAUCGCGAAGUCAGCAGAGAGCGGAACUCCGGUCAAUAUGAGAGAGAAGUUCAUGGCUUUGACGGUUAGCAUCACUUGCAGGGUCGCAUUUGGGAAGGCGUUUCAAGGGACAGAGUUCGACGAUGGAAGGUUAGAGGAUGUGAUUCGCGAGACAUUGGUGAUGUUAGGAAGCUUCUCAGCUUCCGAUUUCUUCCCUCGAUUCGGCUGGAUCGUGGACAAGUUCACGGGGCUCCAUUCGAAGUUGGAGAAGAGCUUUCGCAAUUUGGAAGUUUUCUAUCAGAAGGUGAUCAAAGAGCAUCGAAACGUGAAUAAGAGCAACAAGGAAGAGGAGGACAUUGUCGAUUUGCUGUUGAAGAUGGAGAGGGACCAGACUGAGCUUGCGGCGGUUCGGCUCAAUGAAGAUAACAUCAAGGCCAUCUUGAUGGAUAUACUUAUAGCUGGAGUGGACACCGUUGCACUUGUCAUGGACUGGACAAUGGCCGAGCUCGCAAGGAACCCGAGGGCGAUGCAGAAAGCUCGUGAGGAGAUCCGGAGUUAUGCUGGGAACAAGAAAUGGGUCGUGGAAGACGACCUUCACGGGCUCAAAUAUCUCAAGUUGGUACUCAAGGAGGCAAUGAGGUUACAUCCUCCAGGUGGUCUACUAGUCCCGAGGGAAACAAUGGGCCACUUUAAGUUAUUUGGCUACGAGAUCGACCCGAAGACCCGUGUCGAGGUCAAUGUGUGGGGCAUCGGGCGGGAUCCGGAGCUGUGGGAGGACCCGGAGGAGUUUGUGCCCGAGAGGUUUGAGGACAGUCCAAUCGAUUACAAGGGGAAUCAUUUCGAACUGUUACCAUUCGGGGCGGGGCGAAGAGGAUGCCCUGGGAUGUCGAUGGGGAUGGCGGUGGUCGAGCUAGCGCUCGCCAAUGUCUUGCACUCCUUCGACUGGGAAUUGCCAAAGGGAAUGACGGAGGGAGAUGUGAGCAUGGAGGAAGGGGCUGGCCUGAACGUAUUUCAAAAAGUGCCUCUCAUUCUGCUACCGGUUAAACCAUCUUAUAAAACCGUUGCAUGACAAAAUCGCAUUAAGCAAAAAACAUCAUAUUUCACUAUGUUUUGUACUUAGUUAUGAUCAAGCUGUCUUAAGAUUGCAUGGUAUAAUGUUAUAGCAUACAUCUCUAUAAAUGUAGUAUAUUGCUUCUUAGGCAAUUAAUAAAAAGACCCAUAUGAGGAAUUUGCA